GGGGGGGCGAAUUCCAAACUAUUACCAAAUUCACCCAGAAUUAUUUUUGCUUAGCUUGUAUUGGCGAAUUUUCUCUCGAUAAAUCUCGUCUUCCCUCUCCUGGACGUUCUCAAGCUCGUUAUUUUUAUGAAGCUUCUUUGGGUAAUUGCAACAAAACAAAAAUUUCAACAAAAUUAACACAAGGAUUUGAUAAAUUUAAAAAAGAGGAGAAAGAAGACGAAGGUUUGCUUGUUUUGAUGAGGUGGAUAUUGGCUAUAUCUGUGCCGAAUAGUUCGUUAAAAAAGUCAAUUCACGAAUGUGAUUUUAUUGUUUGGAGAGGGACAAUAACUAGAUUAAUGUUUUCCUGUUAUGAUAAUGGGCCAAAUUCUGUUGGUGUAAAAGUUGCUUGUUGUAAAUUUAAAGGUGUUUAUUGAAAAUUUAUUUUUUUGGGAGAAAAUUUAUUUUUGUGAGGGAAUUUAAUUUUUAAUUAUAAUAGGUGUAGAAACUUAAGGACAUAUUGAUAGGAGUGAUUUUAGCCGUACUCGCACUAUAACAUUUUAUUUUUAAAUAUAAUAAUUUUUUAUAAUCUUUCAUUGGAAUUAGGGCUGUCAAAGUGGGACCGAUUCUGCACAAAAGGACGAGUUGG